AUGGACCCCAAGUGCUCCUGCCCCACUGGCGGCUCCUGCAGCUGUGCUGGCUCCUGCAGCUGCAAAGCCUGCAGAUGCACCUCCUGCAAGAAGAGCUGCUGCUCCUGCUGCCCCGUGGGCUGCGCCAAGUGUGCCCAGGGCUGCGUCUGCAAAGGGGCCUCGGACAAGUGCAGCUGCUGUGCCUGAUGUCGCGGAGAGCCUGCCCCGGGUGUCAAUGGAGGAACACGGGCCGACCUGCGUUUUUACACCACUCUGACUUGAU